CUCUUGAUAUAAGUUUUCAUACCAGCUCUAACAGCAAUCACACAGCUUUCCCUAUCAAACGUUUCAACUUCACCAUCAUGGCCCACCUCCAGUACUACAGCUACCCCGGACGCGGCGAGCAAUCACGCAAAGACUUCUGGUACAGCCAAGCCGUGCGCGUCGGCGACCGCAUCGAGUGUGCCGGCCAAGGCGGCUGGGAGCCCCAAAGCGGGAAGAUCCAUUCCGAGAUCAACGCGGAGAUCGACCAGGCCUUCGCGAACGUGGACCUCGCACUCACGACGGCGGGCGGAAAAGGAUGGUCCCAGGUCUUCCGCGUCAACUCGUACCACCUUUCCCUUGACGACGAGGCGCUGAGCGCCAUGUUGCGCAACUUCAAGAAGUGGAUGCCUGGACACCAGCCGCUGUGGACGUGUGUUGAGGUGCCCAGGUUGGGGGAUAGGGAUAUGCAUGUUGAGAUUGAGGUUUCGGCGCAUGAUGAGGAGGUCGCGAGGGCGGCGAGGGCGGCGAGGGCGCCGGCGCAGUAG